CUUAAGUGUCUCUGUGCGUACAGCGGGAAGGAAGAUAAACUGCAGACACUUUCUUUCUGUAACCAGAUAUAAACCAAAUAAGCAGAAACUGCUGGUCACCUGCUGAUGAAGGUGUGCUUGCCGCAUAGUCUUCAGAAAAGCUGCAGAGAGAGGGAACAGCCAUGAGUCUGCUGUGAUAAUGGAUCGUAGCAGAGCAGAUCGAAACAAAACUCAAAAAUGUAUUAACGACACAGAGGAACCCAAAUACGAUGUGGUGGAUAACCAAGAACAAGUGCUAAGUGUACGCAUUCUUCCUGCGAGGCCCAUAAAUGAUGACAGAGAGUAUGCAGACAGGGAUCUCCCAAGGUCAUCAUCAGCUCAGAAUAUUUCACCAUUUGCCCCUAGUAACUCCAACAUCCUUCCAAGAUGUUCACCCAGAGAAACACCAUUUACAACAGGACCUGUUGUAAACAGAGAUCUGAAGCCUGGCAGACAAAAGAUUAAAUCAGAUAGGAAGAUCCCACCUGUGGCACAAGGAGAUCAGCACUCACACAGGAGCUUGCCAACGCCUUCACCUUUUACCCUGGAGUUGGUCAGUGUCUUGUCUGGAAUGGCUGAACAGGAACCCUUCAAGAGAGAAAGAGAGCGUGAGACAGCGAGAAACUUCAGUUCGCAUAUGAAAGGUCCUCUCAGCUCUGAAAGUCUUUUAGGCCCCCAAAGCAAUUACAGGCAUUCUUUGGAUUUGGAGUCUCACAUGGAAAGAAGGUCCCAACAAAGUCUAGAAAGGGUGCCAUCAAAACGCCAUCACCACGAGUGGCCUCAGACGAAAGAAGACUUUGACCAGCAUGACUUUGUUCCCAUGGAAAAGCCUCAAGAGACCUGUGAGGAAGACUGGUACAUUGGAUCAUGUAAUCGAGCAGAUGCUGAGCACGCCUUGCACCUGGUGAACAAGGAUGGGGCGUUUUUGGUACGAGACUGCUCCACCAACAACAGCACUGAACCCUUGGUAUUGGUUGUGUAUCAUGAGAAGAAGGUUUAUAAUGUAAAAAUUCGGUUCAUUGAGACCACAAAAAAGUAUGCAUUGGGAACAGGAUAUCGUUCAAAUGAUAUGUUUGACUCUGUGGCAGACAUCAUCAAGUUCCACUCCAUAUUUCCAAUAACACUCAUCAGUGGGAGAAACAUGACCGGAAACAAAUACCCAGACAACUGUGUGCUGACAUUUCCGAUAACUAAAUGGGAUGUUGAACGGCUGCUACAAUAGCAUGUGAACCUUGCCAGCAACAAUCUGUUGAUGUGCGACCAGUAACAUUCACAAAGUUUUUUGUACUCAUCCACGGCUUUUGUAUACAAAUGCACUGGAUAUGAAUGUCAAAAUUAGUUUAGAUAAUAAUCACGUGUUAAAGUUACAUAACGUUAUUUUUAAAGUAAUUCUAUGGGAAAAUUGUUCUAAAUCUUUUUGGGUCCAGUAAUACAAAAUCUCUCACAAUCCUAAUACUGAUUUAACUGGUUUGGUCAUAGCAUAGAUAAUUUGGCAGGAAUUAUCGGACUUAAUGUGCGUUCUUUCUUGGUUCUGUAAAAUGCACUUUUUAAUGAUACAGCACAAUUUAUUUUAAGAUUUUUUUUUUACAGAUGUCAGAUAAUAGUGAUUUUGAUCCUAAUUAUC